UUAAAAGAAAAAAAUCUUAUUGGGGAGACGACUUUUAAUUUAAUCAAUUAUAUUUAAACUAUCAAAGUGGAGCUCUUUAACGAAAAUAAAUCGGAUUGCACAGAUAUCGGUGACAUUAAGACAACCCCCCGCCCUCCCUCACCCGCAGCAAAGUUUAAAGCAUCCAUUAAGUCUCACUUAGGAACGGGAUGGAUUACCAAAGGUAAUUUAACAAGAUAGGAUGUUUCCAGUCCACUUGUAAGACUUGCUUUAUGGCUCCAAAGGACCGACGCUGUUCUUCGGCACACCUCGCCGCCCAAAAGAGAAACCCCUCUAUGAAACUUUUAUACUGACGUGAACUUUUAAAAAAUAUCCCAACUGCCAGAGGGUGGUAAAUCUGCACUCCCCGUUGGCCUUUUUAUGAGGAGACUCAGCCUUUCCUGGCUCUUAACAGGGGCAGCCACUGCCUUAACGUGGGAAACUUCUUUUCUAGUCCUGAUUUCAACCCGUUGUCAAAACUUUUUUUCUUUAAAGAAAUGAAUGAGUUGGCUUCUUAAUUGCUCCUGUCUCCCAGAAGGUGCUACCCAGCCACUGUAUUCCCAGGCAGGGAACAAGCUAAAAAAGGCAAAUGCCACCUCUCUCGCCCUUCCCUGCUUUACAGGCAGCUCCGCUUUUGCAGCAGAUAGAGAAACAUAUGCCAAAUGCCAGCGCCCGAGUCCUUCUCCAAGAAGGGCAAAGGAUGCUUCCUAAGGACCAUUUUUAUUUUAAUCUACUCCAGAAAAUAACGCCUUCUGUUUUCUACCAGGCCCCGCCUGCCAUUGGUCCAGGCUGGUCAGCUGACCAGGAAUUGGCUGCAAUUUCGCUCCAGUCCCCAGUUUAAUAGAGCAAGGUUCCCAUACGUCUGUAUUAUCAGCAAUAUACCAAUUAUAAAAAGCCUGCGAAUCGUCAUAAUAACAAUAACCAUAAAAAAAAUCCUGGGGCCCUAAGAUUUCCUCCCUCCUCCUCUUCCUCUUCCCCUCCCUUUUCCACUGGGCCCUGGAAAAGCCAUGAAUUUUGAAUUUGAGAGGGAGAUCGGGUUUAUAAAUAGCCAGCCUUCGCUCGCAGAGUGCCUGACGUCUCUUCCCGCUGUCCUGGAGACAUUUCAAACUUCAUCAAUCAAGGAGUCGACAUUAAUUCCACCUCCUUUGGAGCAGAGCCUCCUCAGCCUGCAUCCGUGUUCCAGCGACCAGGCGAGACCGAGAAUCCAAAAGCCAGACGCUCAUGGCCUGACGCCCCAGCGCCCCGUCCACUUCGGCCCGGGGGCCGCAGAAUUCCCCUGGAUGAAAGAGAAGAAAUCCGCCAAGAAAGCCACCCCGGUUUCCUCCUCCUCUUCUUCCUCGCCAUCCUCUUCCUCCUUCCCGGGAUCGGCGGCUGGAUCUCCUGCAGACCCCCAGGGGAUCCCGGAGAGCGGCGCAGGCGGCUCCAGGCGGCUCCGCACGGCCUACACCAACACCCAGCUCCUGGAGCUGGAGAAGGAGUUCCACUUCAACAAAUACCUGUGCCGCCCCCGGCGAGUGGAAAUCGCGGCCCUGCUGGACCUGACCGAGAGGCAGGGCAAAGUGUGGUUCCAGAACCGCCGCAUGAAGCACAAGAGGCAGACCCAGCACCACGAACCCUCUGACGGGGACCUGGGCUACCCCCAGCCGGAGGAAUGCAGCGACGAGGCGGAGGAGGCCUCCUGCCCGUUCCAGACCAAAGCCCAAGACGCGCCCGGCGCUGCGCAGCCCAGCCCCGGCUACCAGGCGGCCGGAGAGGACAACGCCUCGGCGGAGGGGCUGGAGUCUCCUUUGCUGCCCGAUCUGAGCCUCUUCGCGUCGGAUUCCAGCCUCCAGGGCUCCCUGCAGAGCCCGGUCCACUUCUCGGAGGAAGACUUGGACUUUUUUACCAGCACACUGUGCACUAUAGACCUGCAGCAUCUGAAUUUCCAAUAACGCCCCUCCCUCUCCGCCCAGGUCUCGCUGCCUCGGCUGUAUCGCCCCUUUUCACACACCCCAGCCCCCACAGGCCACCGCAACCUGGAGCCAUGUCACCCCUCAUCUUACCCUCCCCCCAUUUCCCUUUGCCCUGUAAAAGUCGUUCUGAUGUGGAAGGUAGGUCAUAGGCAUGCCCCGUCCUUGAAAUUGUUAUUCCGAUAGUCGCAUAUAAACGGAGCCUCUGUGUUUACUGCAUUCAGGUAUUUAAUUAGAGUUUUAUUUUAUUUCUUAUUUAUUGAAAAGAAACACACACACACACACACACACUCACACUCCGCCACCGCCGCCCAUACACACAUUAGAAAAUUGCAGAGAAAACAUUUGUAAAUCCCCCAAGUGACUCUCUCAGGAAUCCGAACGAAACUUUUAGAUUUCUUAAGAAAAAUAAAUAAUAAUUAAUAAAAAGAACCCGGAGGAAUUUUGCUUCCUCUUUUUUAAGUUUUAGAUGUAGACUAUUUAUUCAAAUCCUUUAAUAGUAAAUGGCAAAUUAUUUAUUGUACAUUAUUUUCAUAGAUUCAAUAAAUGUCUUUAUAAAAUUAAAAAAAAAUGUGUGACACGUUUUCUUCUCGACUUGAAGAACAUUUGUUCACCUCCUCCUGCAAGUUAAAACGAUGGUGUGGUUUUUCUGCAACUAGAAACUGGUGCUUUGUAUUCUCCUGUGUAAACUGGAAGAUGAAACGUGAGCUUAUGCAUAAUAUUUUUUUCUUAGAAAGCAGAUUCUCAGUCAGGAAUUCUGUAUUUAUUAAACUUUUUUUGGUUCCAUUUCCCUUCGCUGGUUUUAUUUAAAUAAUAAAAAACAAAGCAUUUGCUUCGGGGUUAAAAAUGAAUGCUAUUCGUUAAAAAAAAACCACAUUCCUACUCUUCUAGAAAAAAUCUUGUGCAAUGAAAUCCGAUUGAAGCCAACUAUAAAUUCAAAGAUCCCAAAGUUUAAAAUCUCGGCGCUUUCAAAAACACCUUCACCGUGAGAACAUGCACGUUCGACGCACUCUGGUGAGAACCGUUUGCUGUUUAGAAGUUUGCUAUAAAAUAUUUCCCGUCUCCAGUGAGUGUUAGCAGCACCCCAGUGACAAGCCAGAAAGACAAAAGGCAGCUUUUUGAUUUUUCCAGUUCUUCAUUUCUUAUUACUCGAAGAAAAAUAAAAUAAAAUAAAAUAAAAUAAAAUAAAAUAAAAAUGCUGCACCAGGGAGUGGAGAGAGGAUAAAUAUUGUGUCUAGAUUCAAUAAAUGCCCCAUGGGCGCAUCUGACUCCCAGCCUUUUUAGCCAGCAGUGAACGGGUGUAAAGGAAAGAAGGGGGAGACGUUGCAUGUAAAGUGGGGGAUUAAGCGGGGGAUGGGGGAGCACAACGCAGACCACAACAGGACUGAUACAUCGGUGGUGAUUUUCGACAGCAAUGUUUGCUGCUCUGCUCCAGCUCGCGCGUCCUUCCAGGACAGCUCGCUUCCAGCAUGUAAUUUUAAGCACAAAACUCAUAUAUCAGAGGUGGGUGGGGGCUUGUUAUGAAUGAAAAGGGGUCAGCGGAGGAAUCAAUCGCGGUGACACAAAAAAUAAAUCAUAUUACGUCUUUGCUAAGUCACUGGUGUUUCCCCAGACACGGCAGAAAUUUGGUAGGCGUUCAAGUCGAGUUUGUGUGAAAGUAGCAUUGAAACCCAAGAGGCCUGGGGGGAGGAGGGGAGGUGAAAACGUGGGAGGGGGAAUACAAGGGGCACUUCUUUCUUUCCUUGGCUGCUUAAAAUGGCGCAGGAAUCUGUGGCCAGGCACGGAAAAAAGGCAGCCAUGACAGAAGCUAUAUUUAUACUGAGCGAUGUCUUAGGGGCUAAGAGAGGGUGGGAGUUUAGGAGGUAAAUAAAUCCCUUCUUGUAUUAUAGGGGAGGAUGGAUUUUUCACACACACACACACACACACACACACACACACACACACACACACACACCGGCUCACAACGGUACAACAAAGAACAUUCCAUUCCAUCGGGGUCCUCGGCUCCUUUCAAGGAAGAUGUAAGAUUUUUUGCCUCGCCUUCCUUUUCCAUCUUGCUUUCCCAUCUCAGGAAACGGGAGAGAGAAAUAUUAUUGUCCUCUCCGGUUCCUUUUUGGGGGAUAGCGGGGGCGCUUCAGAACUUCAAAUCCAACCAACCUGAAAACAAAAGACCACUGGUUUGAAAUUGCGGUUGGAAACGCCGAGACAUUCCUGGCCUCUCCCGCAAGGCAUUCUGUUUCCCGAUGUGGUUUGGGUUUUUUUUUAAAGGCGAGUAUUUCGCUCUCCUCCCCGAACCAAAUGCUCAGAUCGAUUUUAAAACGAAAAAGCUGCCAGCGAGUUACUGCGGGAGUCGGAAAUAUGCGUGUUGGGAAAAUGGAAAUGCGUUGCCAGUCGGAUAAUCCAUUCGGUCUGACUCAACAAACGCAUCUAGAUGAAAACACGGACCCUACGAUUCAACCCAGGAGCCUAAAUUGGAGGCGUCAGCUCUGUCCCAGGCCCGCUCUUGCCCGCUAAAGUCCUGAAGUCCUGGCAAAACACGCGCUGGCAAAGUCCCACAGAAAGCUAUUCAUUAUCUUUAAGUUUAUUUAAUAUCUGGAGCCUCUGGAACACACUCAAGUACAGAGCUGGCACUGCCAGAGGUUGUUUAUCAAAGGGCCAUUUGUUCCAGUGUC